CAAACACGGAAAACACAAUUACCGUUAUUUAGCACUGCAUUGCAUUACGCUGGACAAGUGUGUCUCUGGCAGCGCGCCCUCGCCAUCCCCCCUCCACGCCAGUCUGCGGCACCACAUCGCAGCCUUCCAUCUAGCUCGUGCCUCUUGUCUCUGCUCUAGCCUGGACAUGUGACCCCAGCAAAACGACGCCUCGAAUGCUGCCCAGCGCCUGCUCCGAGCCUUUCGCAGUCCCUCAUCUCAGCCGGGAGCCCAUCACACGAGCACUCGUUGUCGCCACUACCUGCCGAACCAACAAGAGACGCUAGGUGCCGUGCCGAGAAGCCGCCUCGGGGCCUAUCAUGUCGGAGUCGGCGUCCCUCGCUGGCGGCUUCGUCGAGCGUGCGGGCCCAGGCACCUACGGACAUGCACUGCUGCGACUGCAUCGGCUCCCAGGGCUGCUUAGGGACUUUUGCCUCAGCGUCAAUGUCUUGCUCCUAUUUGUGCCGUUGGGGUUUGCGGCCGCCGCCUUUGGGUGGAACGACGUGGCCAUCGCGAGCUUCAACUUCCUCGCCAUCAUCCCGCUCUCGGGUCUCGUGUCCGAUGCCUCAGACAUGAUUGGCGACCACCUAGGAGAUUUGGUUGGCGGCCUGGUGAACGCGACAUGUGGUAACACGGUUGAACUGAUCGUUGGAAUAAUGGCCAUCGCCCAUGACGAGCUCCAAGUUGCACAGUCCAUGAUGCUAGGAAGCAUUCUAUCUGACAUCUUGCUGGUCCAAGGCUUCUGUAUUGUCGUUGCCGCGCGCGCAAAGGGGGUCGUCUGCGUCAACUCUGCCAUGGUUGACUCGCUGUCCUCGCUCAUGCUCCUUGCCGCCAUGGCACUGGCUCUUCCCACAGCUCUCACUGCGACUUUACCCAACUCGGGCGUUGAUAUCAGCAAAAAGAUCCUCUCCUUUAGCCGCGCAACCGUCGUCGUCCUACUCACAAUCUACGCGGCAUAUCUCUACUUCCAGCUCAAGACGCAUUCUGCCCUAUUCACCGGCCACGACGACGGAGUCGAAGAGUACGAACCCAUCCGCGGACAUGCCUCACAGAAACAGAGGAUCGACUUUGCUAUCGGAGUCAUCAUUGGCAGCAUCCUACAGAUUGCCCUUUUUGUCCUCCCCGUCCUUAUCGUCGUCAGCUGGGUCAUGGGCCCGCCGCUUGAUCUCAACUUCGAGGUAUCGCAGACCUAUGUCUUGUUAUUCGCCGUCGUCCUUGUGAACCAAGUGUUGCACGACAAACAGUACACGUACCUUCACGGCGUCAUGUUCCUCUGCGCCUACGCCGUCAUCACCAUGGCCUUCUUUACCGAGCCAAACAAUUGAGAUGCGGGCGCCACGCCAUGCAGCGAUUUGGUCCCGGAAAUCUUGAAUAUAGAGCGUGUCAUUUUAACCGAGUUUCUGGCGAAGGAUGAUUAUGCAAUCGGUUCGGGGCGAACAUAGAAUGCAACGACGAUAGAAACGUAUCUUGAUAGUCACGGUGGCUGUUAGUCAAAAGGCCGGUUGAACCAUCCUAGGCCGAUGGCGAGAAUUGAAAAGGGUGCAGGACGACGUACGUUCCUAUGAGCAUGAAGCCUUCAAAGUAGGUCGUCUUGCCAUGCUGUACAAGGUACGUCAUGAUGAGG